CGGGGCCCGCGGGCGAGGCCGGGGCUGCGGCGCCGCUGGGGCUCGCCCCCUCCCGGCAGCCGGAGCGAGGCGGGCAGGAGGGCGGCGGCCCUGGAGCGGCGGCAGGAUGAACGCCAAUGUCACCUACGCCAGUCGCAAGCGGCGGAAACCUGUGCAGAAAAUAGUAAAGCCAUCCCCAGCUGAAGGAGUCAAGUCCAAUCCAUCCAAGAGACACAGGGAUCGUCUGAAUGCGGAGCUGGAUCGCUUGGCUAGCCUUCUGCCUUUCCCUCAAGAUGUUAUCGCCAAAUUGGAUAAGUUGUCUGUGCUUAGGCUUAGCGUCAGUUACCUGAGAGCCAAAAGUUUUUUUGACGUUGCAUUAAAAUCUUACUCUACAAGACCAGAAAGAAAUGGCAUUCAGGAAAACUGUAGAACAGCAAAACUUGGAGAGGGGAUGCAGAUCCUCGAAGGGGAACUCUUACUGCAGGCAUUAAAUGGUUUUGUAUUAGUUGUGACGGCAGACGCUCUGGUUUUUUACGUCUCUUCUACUAUCCAAGACUACCUGGGGUUCCAACAAUCUGAUAUUAUACACCAGAGUGUAUUUGAACUGAUUCACACAGAAGACAGACCUGAGUUUCAACGUCAGCUACAUUGGGCGUUAAAUCCUGCUCAGUCUGCAGAUUCUGGACCAAGUGUACAAGGAGAUAAUGGCUUUUCACAGCCAGCAACCUAUUAUAACCCAGACCAACUUCCUCCAGAGAAUUCUUCCUUUAUGGAAAGGAAUUUCAUCUGCAGGUUACGAUGCCUCCUGGAUAAUUCAUCUGGGUUCCUGGCAAUGAAUUUUCAAGGACGGUUAAAGUUUCUCCAUGGACAAAACAAGAAAGGGAAGGAUGGCACUACUUUGUCUCCUCAGCUAGCUUUGUUUGCAGUAGCUACUCCCCUGCAGCCACCAUCUAUCCUUGAGAUACGAACCAAAAACUUCAUCUUCAGAACAAAACACAAGCUGGAUUUCACACCUACGGGCUGUGAUGCAAAAGGAAAGAUUGUCCUGGGAUACACUGAAGCAGAGCUGUGUAUGAGAGGAACGGGAUACCAGUUUGUUCAUGCAGCUGAUAUGCUUUAUUGUGCUGAAAAUCAUGUCCGAAUGAUGAAGACAGGUGAAAGUGGAAUGACUGUCUUCAGGCUUCUAACCAAAGAAAAUCGGUGGGCCUGGGUACAGGCAAAUGCACGACUUGUGUACAAAAAUGGAAGACCAGAUUACAUCAUUGCCACGCAAAGACCUCUUACAGAUGAAGAAGGGGCAGAACAUCUACGGAAGCGUAACAUGAAACUGCCCUUCAUGUUUGCCACGGGUGAGGCUGUUUUAUAUGAGGUAACUUUCCCGAUGUCGAGCCUUAUGGAUGCCUCUCAACCGAGGAAUAAAGCCACAACGGGAAAAGGAGGUAAAGCUACGCUACACGGUGAUUCUGUGGAUCCAAACUCCAUUCUAGGUGCCAUGUUAAGGCAAGACGAGUCUGUGUAUCUCUGCCCUCCAGCAUCACAUAAACUUUCCUUUGAAAGGAACUUCUUCACAGACAGCAGGGACGAACUGGGCAGUGUUGUAAGCAGUGACUGGACGGAUAGUUUCCUGCCUGCUGGAAAUCACAGCAUUCUCAAACAGGAACUAACUGAGUGUUCCCAGGACAGUAGUGUGCCGCUUCCUGAAGACAGUGCGGCACUCUUUCAAGAUAACAAAAACAGUGAUUUGUACAGCAUCAUGAAAAAUCUUGGUAUUGACUUUGAAGAUCUAAAGUACAUUCAGCAGGAUGAGGAAUUUUUUAAAACUGAAUUAUCUGGUAUGGAUGAUAUUGGGGACAUAGACAUAACUGAUGAAAUCCUGACUUAUGUUCAGGAUUCCUUAAAUAAGUCUGACUUCUUAUAUUCAGGCUGUACUCAGCAGCAGCCCGUGGUCCAGAAUGCCAAUUGCUUGGUACAGCAAGAAUUAGAUCAGCAUCAAAUUCAUGAGCAUCAGAAGCAGCUCAUGGAGCAGCAGCAGCAGCAGCAGCAGCAGCUCUGUCAGAAGAUGAAACAUAUGCAAGUCAACGGGAUGCUAACAAAUUGGAACUCUGGCACCAGCAUGCCUCUUAGCUGCUCACAGCAGCAGCCCCAGCAAUAUGUAUUCUCUGGCAUGCAUGCCACAGGUCCUGAGUUUUCUUACAAAUCAGAAGUAGACACUUCACCUUAUGCAUGUAGGCAAGAGUUUGUUCCUUACAAGCAACCCACAGCAAUGAUGCCACAGCUUUCUAAUUUUUCCCAAAUGGAUUUCCCUGUAGCAGGUUUUGAGAGAUCAACCUACCCUGCUUCUUCCAACUUGGAGGAUUUUCUCGGUUGUUUGCAGCAGGUCCCUGAAAAUCAUGAUUGUGGGAUAAACUCUGAGUCGGUUAUGCUAACUCCUCAAACGUGCUAUGCAGGUGCUGUUUCUAUGUACCAGUGCACACAAGAAGCACAGCCCAGCUGCAUGGAUCAAAUGCAAUAUGAUCCUAUGAUGGCAAGUCAACAAACAUUGUUGAACAAGUUUCAAAACGGUUUCAAUGGAGGAAAUGUAAAUGAAGCAUAUCCCUCUCAGUUAGAUGUGAUCAGUAAUGCACAAACUGCCACACAUCUUCAGCCUCUUCAUCAUCCAACAGAACCCAGAUCCUUCUCAGAUUUGGCAUCUAGUGGAUUUAUGUAAUUCAGAUCUAGAGCUCCAUCUGUGACUUUGUCUGGGCAUCAGGCUGCUCUGAGGAAAAGCUCGAUAAGUCUAUCUUUGAACAUAGGACUUCAACAGCUAAAUUACAUUUUGAAAAUUUGAGGUUGGUUGCACUAUAUGCUGGUGGCUAUGUAAUCCAAGGCCCUUACUUCUUAGGGUGACAGGUGGAAUUAAAACUCUUGACUAAAAGUAUGCAUGUGCUGUUUUCCAUCAGAUUGACUGUGUCGUUCCAGUAUGGAUUACAUAUGUAUUACAGACUAUGUCAUGCUAUACAACAUAAGAUAAGGCAAAUGGUUUUGUUGUUUAGAAAAUUAAUUGGGCACUUUACAAAUAGCAUCAAUGGCACAAGGAAGAUGAUUUCACACUUGGAUUAUUUCCAAACUUUAUUUAAAAAUAUAUAUAUAUUAAAACGCUCUGAAUUCAUGAAAAUCAAAAGCACUUAAUUUAAUGCAUACUAUGCUCUUUAAUCACUUAUUUUAUAUUUAAAACCUUUUGUUUUAAGUCUCCAUUUCUAGCACUUUAAUAGAAGGCUUAAUACAACGAUAUGAUAUGCAACUUCAGGUUUUCUAUGAAACAGAUCCCUUCCAUUCCUCCUUUUCUUGUCAACCUUAAGUGCCUCACAGGUUAGCUACCUUGUUUCUGACAGGAGCUUAUUUUAGCAAAACUCACUAUAAAUGUCACCUGUAUUAUGUGAACUUUUAUCUAACAUCUACAGUGCUACUGGCUGUAUCUUUUUUUUUGUCUUCCCUAAAGAUAAUUUGUUUAAAGUAUGUCUUAAUUCUUUAUCUGUGGAUUUGUUACACUAUUGUCUGGAGCUAUUAAAUGUUCUGAACUUAGUUCAGCUAAAGAGU